AUAACAGCCCCAGCAGUAUAUUAAACUAUUUUAAUAAUUAAAAUUUCCGUUUGGUUUAUUUAGUCAAAAUGGAAUCUUUACAAUGCCAACUCUGGUGAACCAAAUGUCAUACGAAAGAGACCGAACAAAUCGGCAAAAUUUCUUUCCUAGCGCGUGUAAAACUUUUCUGCUUUUGUUUAAUUAAAUCAUAAUAAACCAAACUGAAGUUGUUGAGAAAUUAACUUCAUUUAGUUGGUAUAUAAUUUGGAAGGCGCUCCUGUCCAAAUUUAGUCUACUGAGAGAACUGCUUGGUGUAGGAAACGGUGAUCAGCCAGCUGACAACCAGCCUCAAAUUAGAGCUAAAAAGGUACGGCGCGACUAAUGCUAGAAAGCACUAGCAAAUUGACGACGUUAGAUAAACUAUUUCAAUAAACCGUCUCUUAUAAUAAACAAAACCACAAUUUAAAAAAAAGCCGCAUCAUGAAUAUCCGUUGUGCUAAACCUGAUGAUUUGAUGAGUAUGCAGCAUUGUAAUUUGCUAUGCCUUCCUGAAAAUUAUCAAAUGAAAUAUUACUUUUACCAUGGUUUGACUUGGCCCCAACUUAGUUAUGUUGCUGAAGAUGACAAGGGAAAUAUAGUAGGAUAUGUGCUGGCAAAAAUGGAAGAACCAGAACCAGGUGAGGAAAGCAAGCACGGCCACAUCACAUCUUUGGCGGUUAAACGCUCAUACCGUCGCCUUGGCUUAGCACAAAAGCUAAUGAAUCAAGCAUCACAAGCUAUGGUAGAGUGUUUCGAUGCCCAGUACGUUUCUUUGCAUGUGCGUAAAAGCAAUCGUGCCGCACUUAAUCUGUAUACUGAUUCGUUAAAAUUCAAAAUAAUUGAAAUCGAACCAAAAUAUUAUGCCGACGGCGAAGAUGCUUACGCAAUGCGUCGUGACUUAAGCGAGUUUGCGAAAAAGGAAAAUGAUGAUACAGCACAAAAUGCGAAAAACGGUGGAGAAAAGGACAAAAUCAACUAUAGACAUGCAGUUUCGCACGAUCACAGCGGUCAUGAUGGACAUUGCUGUUAAAGUGAAGGGAUGUUAGACUUUAAGUAUUCCUAUGUAUAUUGAAUAUAAUUUUAUAUUAACAUUUAUGUAUAUUUUUUUUGAAAAUUUUCUAAUUUUUAAAUAAAUAUGCGCAAAUCCUAAA